CAUCUUAGUAACGAAUAUCCGUCUUGCGGUGCGUAAAUGUUUGAACGGUAUCACAUCGUUGCAUGUGUACCGUGCAUUUUCUAGCAUUGUGCGAUAACCAGAAGACAGUAGAAUGCUCUAGAUCGUACGCAAAAAUGCUUGGCAUAAUUGUGUCUGGUCGACUAGUGCAGACGGACUUUCAACAAAUAGGAGAAAAUCAAUUCUUAAUAACAGUACCUGACGCAGAUAACAUAAAUCAUAUCGUGGUAUUCCUUACAGGUACUAUAAUUUUCCCCGAAGGAACGGGUGGUGCAGUGUAUUUUAGUUGGCCGGAUUCGAAUGCUCCGCCAAAUUGGCAAUUCCUUGGAUACAUUUCCAAUGCUAAACCAUCGGCUAUAUUCAAAAUAUCAACAUUGAAAAGGAAUCAUGAGUUCGAGAACAGUAACCUAGGAAUAUUUGGAAUUGGAAAAAUCUCGCAUGUAGCACAAAUAGGUGUUUCGAUAGAACCUCUAGGAGCUAUAGAAUUACAGGCAGCUACAGUGACCGCAGCCACGUCAAAUUCUUUCUUAGAAUUUGUGCAAAAAAUGCUUACCAGUUUCUUGAAUUACGUGUCAAGUUUUUCCGUGACUCAGGCACAAAUGACACCGAAUCCGACAGAGAACUUUGUACCGCUCUCCACUAUUCAAGGAUGGUACGAAACCUUUGAAAGAAGACUACAACAGAAUCCAAAUUUUUGGAAGGCUUAGUCACGGAAGCGUAAUUAACUCUCGUAUAGUUUAUUUACGUUUUAUGUGACAGCACAGUGUUUUGUAAAACAUGUGCACCUUACAACAGAAUACGAUGUAACGGGCGUGCGCAUUACAUUCGUAAAAUUUAAUCUUUUUUUAUAUUUUCAUUGAUAUACAAUAUAUAGUAAUAAGAACAACCACAACGCUGUCGCGUACUUCAAUGAGGGUACAGAGUUUAUCACCUGAAAAAUGUGCCUUAACGGCCAUGCAUUGACUUUUUCCUUCUGUUCGAAAGAAUUAUCCUCUAAAUAAUAUAUACACAGAAAUAUAAUGUGUUUGAAAGUUGGCUAGUUUUGUUAAUGCAUAACAGAAAACGUGAUCAAUCAUCUGGAAAACGAGUGAGCUGUGAAGAAUGGUCGACGCACAGAGCAACCACCAUGAGUAUGACAGUGCAUUUUGAUGUGUCUUUCUUGAAACUAAAUUUAUUAAAUUUAUUAAAGCCGAUUUCCUAUAA